CAGUUAGAAGAGAGAGCCCAUAACCACAGUCAAUCCACAACAUAGCCAACACAUUGAUAUAUAGCCGGAAUGCAAGGCUCCUAUAAGGAGGACUGUUCUCAGACAGAAGACACGACGAAGAGCAUAAGGAAUUCCACAAGAUGUCGAGCGGAGAAGGCCGGUUCACGGAUAUAAAGGAAAGGUUUCCAGUAAUCGAAGGUGUGUGCAGAACAUCUGGGCCACAGUGAACCCGAGAUGUACGAGCGGCCUUUGCGGCUUAUCAUCUACGGUAUUCUGGCAGUGUUCACUAUCGCUAGCGUCUUGGGACUAAUAUUUAUAAAGAUGAGCAGCGACGCCACCAGUAGGCCUCCCACAGUUGCAGAAGUGCCAAAGGAAGCCAGGCACCUUGAAGGCACCCUUCCUCAGGGUAGAGGUUGCCAAGGCUCCAUGUACUUCCGUUGCGUGAACGACUCAAGCAGUGAACAGUAUGGCAUGGGGGACUGGUUGUUCGAAUCAGGCACAUGCAAGCAGUGGAAUCCGCAUCGACUGUGCUUGUCCAAAUCUAGCUCUCAUUUUCGUACUCAGAAGAGUUGCGUGGACGCAUGUGAAGAGGAACAAAGAGAGCCGCGCUGCUUAGGCGAUGUGACAUCGUCUAUGUUGGGUGAAUGUUCCCCUUCUUCAACGGAAUGGUGGUACUACGACAGACUGCUUCGGUUGUGCGUUCGCUGGGAGAACGUCUGCCUCUACAAUGCAUUCCGGAGCCUCGGCCAUUGCAAAAUCGCUUGCAUUCUCAAGCAUCGCCACCUCUAGCAUCGUCGUCUCUCAGACACAAUAAAGACUACUUCGUGUGCA